ACUGCUUAAAGGCACUCUUCUCUUGAGUCUCUCCGUCAUCAUCGUGUAUCGUCGACCAUCGGAAAAAGGACCUAACUGAGAAAUCAUUUCUUCAAAGUAAUUGAUUUAGCUGUAACCGCUUUGGAUUGUGUAUUCAAUUCGUCAUGGGAGAUAGUCAGUACUCAUUUUCUCUUACUACAUUCAGUCCUUCUGGAAAGCUUGUUCAGAUUGAACAUGCCUUGACUGCUGUUGGAUCUGGUCAAACAUCGUUAGGAAUUAAAGCUGCUAAUGGUGUUGUGAUUGCGACAGAAAAGAAACUGCCCUCUAUCUUGGUUGAUGAAGCAUCUGUGCAAAAGAUUCAAGUAUUGACCCCCAAUAUUGGAGUUGUUUACAGUGGUAUGGGACCAGAUUCUCGAGUUUUAGUUAGAAAAAGUAGAAAGCAAGCUGAACAAUACCAUGGAUUGUACAAGGAACCAAUCCCAGUUACUCAACUUGUUAGGGAAACUGCUGCUGUCAUGCAGGAGUUCACUCAGUCAGGUGGUGUAAGGCCUUUUGGAGUCUCACUUCUGGUUGCAGGUUAUGAUGACAAGGGUCCACAACUAUAUCAGGUUGAUCCAUCAGGUUCGUACUUUUCUUGGAAAGCAUCAGCUAUGGGAAAGAAUGUGUCCAAUGCCAAGACAUUUUUGGAGAAGAGGUACACUGAAGAUAUGGAACUAGAUGAUGCCGUGCACACUGCGAUCUUAACUCUGAAAGAGGGGUUUGAAGGGCAAAUAUCAGCUAAGAACAUCGAGAUUGGAAUAAUUGGUAGCGACAAGAAAUUCAGGGUACUCUCACCAGCUGAAAUUGCCGACUAUUUGGAGGAAGUAGAGUAAACAGUAUUCUCCAUUUAAGUCAUAUUCUAGUGGCAAACGAAAACUCUUUAUGUUUCUCAUCUUCCCGGUUCAUUUGUCUUUGAUUUGUGUUGAGUUUCUUUUACCCGAUAUUUAUGUGUAAAAGACUAUUGACGGUUGGAUGGUUGGUAAGAAAAUCGGGAGACUUGAAAAGAUGGAGAUUAUGAUAAAAGGAAGAAACAUUUGGCUAAAGAAACACUGAAAAUACUAUGUGAAUGUAGUGUAGUUCAAUGGUUAUAUUUUCUUACCCUUAAUUUUUACA